AUGGAACCCAUGGAGUUGUGUGACGCUGUUUUUACCCCGGCUCAACUAGCGGCGAUCCAGGACACCGUUUCGUCGACUGUUCAAGCAGUGUUUCAAUCGCUGCCCCACACAACGACGUUAUCCCGCCUGCUCCCGCGUUUUCCAGCACACCAAGUCCUCGUGUUCCUUCUGUGGUCUCUCCGAACGGCCUCAAUCGUCCCUUGGACAAGACACUCGAGGAUAAAAUACUCCGCGGUGAGUACGUUGAUUUCUCUUUGCUUUUGCCAGAAACACUGUACCAGACCCAGACCCCGCCCUCCAAUUGCGUUACGAGGACUCGCCCCAGGCUCCUUGGGCUCCCCGCUUACUGUUGUUAAGCGCAAGAAACCAGUUGUAGACUCUUUUCAAAAAUGGUUGGACGCGUUUAUGGCUUACAUGCUGGUAAUCGUCACGGCCUACCCCAACCGGGCGGUGGAGCUCAUAAAGUAUCAGCAGAUCAUUAGCCGCGCAGUAACUAAGUUCAAGGGCUUAGCGUGGUACACAUACGACGAGCACUUUAGACGCCGCGCAGCUCGCGAUCUUACCAUCGCAUGGGAUAGGAUAGAUAUCGAACUUUGGACGGUGACCUUUACGGGUACCGCUAAGCCCCAUUGUUCUAUAUGCUCUAGCCCGUACCAUCAAUCUGAUGACUGCCCCCACCAGGAACCCAGCAAAAAGCCUCGCCGGUCUGCCCUCGUUUGCUUCGAUUACAACAAACCCUCAGGGUGUCAGCGACGUACCUGUCACUUCCCCCACAAUUGCCGCCGCUGUGGAUCCAGCAGUCACGCACUCUUCAAUUGCCCCAGCUCCAGACAGCAUGCCACAGGCACCAAAUCAGCAACCCCGGGCGAUCGCAGCAAAAAAUAAAGUGGAACAGUGCCAGCGGAAGCAGAGACCAACAGUGUCCACCCCUCUCGAUGUAGAUAAAUUAGCGUUUGAAUUAGUUAAUCACCCUAAUCGAUCUUUUGUUGAUAACUUAGUUAAUGCCCUCAGGUACGGGACUCGUAUCGGUUACCUUGGUCCCCAAAAAUUCCGGGUAUCCAAUAACUUGAUCUCCGCUUCCCAACACCCCGAGGUUAUUUCCGCGAAUUUAAGUAAGGAAAUGUCGUUGGGUAGAGUUGCAGGCCCCUUUCUCUCGCCCCCACUCCCCAAUUUCCAGUGCCACCCUAUCGGCGUGGUGCCAAAAAAGCACUCCACGGAAUGGCGCACUAUCUAUCACCUAUCCUAUCCCCCGGGUGACAGCGUAAAUGAUCAUAUUCCAAAAGACCCUUAUUCUCUUCAGUAUGUACGGGUAGACGACGCAAUAAGCAUUCUGAAGUCCUAG